AUGUGCCAAAAACAAUAGAGUUUUAAAGGGUCUUUCUUUCUUUCUUUCCCUCCAUCCAUCCAUCCGUUCACAAGAAACGAGCCAACCUUAAGAAGGAGGAAAGAUCCCAUUAUUGAUUUUGUUUUCUCAUCUUGAAAGAUCUCGUCACGAUUUUCUGAAAGAAUCAAGUUUAUCUCAGCCACGGCGCCGCCCGACGGCGAGUCCGCGACGGCAACGACACAUUUUUCUUUCUUUGGGUUUUGUUUCUUGUUCUUGUUUUCUUUAUAAUUAUUAUUGUGAUCAAGCAACCCCCCAUUUCGACAUGUUUCCACUUUUCUUUCUCCAAACCCUCUCCCCUUCCUUCUCCAGAACCACCCGUCGUCGUUUGUCCACGUGAAGAUGUUAUAAGCUAAUAUGCAGCAGCAGCAGCAGCAGCAGCACAUACGCCUGUAGAAACCCACGCCACGCCACGCCACGCCACGUCGCACCUGCAUUCGUUCUGCAUUUUCUCCACAUCUCCUUCUUCUUCUUCUUCUUGAUCCUCCACCUAAUAUUUAGUCAUGGUUUUGCCUCUUCUUCUUUUUCUUGUUCUAAAUAAUAUUGCAGCUGCUCUUCAAACAAUCCCCACAACUCUUGACGGCCCUUUUAAACCCGUCACGAUCCCGCUAGACGAUAGUUUCAGAGGAAGUGCCGUUGAUUUGCCCGAUACUGAUCCCCGGGUUCAGAGGAAUGUUAAGGGAUUCGAGCCUGAACAAAUAUCUCUCGCUCUUUCUACAACUUAUGACUCUGUUUGGAUUUCAUGGGUCACCGGAGAAUUUCAAAUCGGGAUGUCUAUAAAACCUUUAGAUCCCAGCACUGUAGGAAGCAUUGUUCAUUUCGGAAGAUCAAGAGAUUGUCUGUCUAAUGAGGCAAAGGGCAAUUCUCUAAUCUACAACCAACUUUAUCCAUUUAAAGGCCUUCAAAAUUACACCUCCGGAAUCAUACACCAUGUUCGUCUAACAGGCCUUAAGGCUAAAACAUUAUAUUAUUAUCGAUGUGGCGAUCCUUCUGUAGCAGCUAUGAGCAAAGUUUAUCAUUUUACGACUAUGCCUGAAUCAAGUCCUGGAAGCUACCCUAGUAGAAUUGCCAUGGUUGGAGACCUGGGUCUUACUUACAACACGACAUCCACGAUCAGUCAUUUGACAAGCAAUAAUCCUGAUCUCGUCAUCUUGGUUGGAGAUGCAACCUAUGCUAAUUUAUAUCUGACUAAUGGUACUGGAGCUGAUUGUUACUCUUGCUCAUUCCCACACUCUCCAAUUCACGAAACCUAUCAGCCUCGUUGGGAUUACUGGGGAAGGUUUAUGCAGCCUCUGUUGUCCAGAGUUCCAAUAAUGGCGGUGGAAGGAAACCAUGAACACGAACAACAGGGUGGGGGCGUAUCAUUUGCAGCAUACAACACCCGAUUUGCAUUCCCGUCUAAAGAAAGUGGUUCUUCCUCGACAAUGUACUAUUCCUUCGAUGCUGGAGGCAUACAUUUCUUAAUGCUCGGAGCCUACAUCAACUAUAACAAAUCCGGGGAUCAAUACAAAUGGGUGAAGAGAGACCUUGAGAAAGUAGACAGGAAAAGAACGCCAUGGUUAGUGGCUAGUUGGCACCCACCUUGGUACAAUAGCUACAAGGCACAUUACAGAGAAGCAGAGUGCAUGAAACUAGCCUUUGAAGAUUUGUUGUAUAAACAUCGCGUCGAUUUGGUGGUUAAUGGACAUGUACAUGCUUACGAGAGAUCGAACAGGGUCUAUAACUAUAAGCUGGAUCCUUGUGGACCUGUGCAUAUAACAAUUGGAGACGGUGGAAAUAGGGAGAAAAUGGCGAUACCACACGCAGAUGAUCCGGAUAACUGUCCCGAUCCUUCUCGCUCGGUUGAAAAGAUUAUAGGUGGAUUUUGUGCGUACAAUUUCACGGUAGGCCCUGCAGCUGGAAAAUUCUGUUGGGAUAAGCAGCCCGAUUUUAGUGCAUAUAGGGAAACCAGCUUUGGCCAUGGAAUUCUAGAGGUGAAGAACGAUACGCAUGCGCUGUGGACGUGGUAUAGGAAUAAGGACAUGUACAAAAUGGCUGGUGAUCAGAUUUAUGUGAUUAGGGAUCCUCAAAGGUGCCCAGUUGUUGGUGGGAAGAGGAAGAUAAUUAGGAAACAGGGGAUUGAGUUUGAUCAAUAUUUCAGCAGCUAGUUGUUAUAUUUCUUUUCUUUUCUUUUCUUUGUUUUUAGUUUGAAGAAUGUAAGAAAAAAUGUAUAUAUUUCAGGUUGGGUAUAUUAUAAGGAGAACAAUACUCUAGUAGAAAUCGAA